GCACCCCGAGGCAUUCUGGGAAUCUCACCUGAGCAGUCUCAGCUCCUGGGAGGCUCGCAGUUGUGAUUCUAGGACCUUUUCUGGGCGCACCCAGAGGAAGUCUCCCCCCCUCGGGGCUGCCACCCCCCGAAGCACCCCAGGGUGGCCCCGCAGAGAGCCCGCAGCCAGAGGAAUGGCCCCCGGGACCCCGAGGCCCCCCUCCCAGGGGUCAAUAACCUUCAAGGAUGUGGCUGUGGACUUCACCCAGGAGGAGUGGUGCCUAUUGGACCAUUCUCAGAAAGAGUUGUACCUGGAGGUCAUGCUGGAGAAUGUGCAGAAUCUAUUCUCUGUGGGGCUUCCAGUUCCUAGAGAAAAUUUUAUCUCCUUUUUUCAGCAAGGGGAAUCAUCAUGGCUGCUAGAGCAAAAAGGCCUAUGGAGCUCCUGUCCAGAGGCAGAGGCUAAUUUAGAAGUGAAGGAGAUGUCUACAAAGUUGAGCUGUUUGGUGAAAGUAUCUUGCCCCCAAAGAUGCGUGAAUGAGGGUCCCCAUGAUCUUAUUUUGAGAGGAAACUAUGACUCUAAUGUCAAGGUAAAUAAAAAUCCAAAGAGUGACUAUGAAUUUGAUAAAACUUCAGAGAAAUUCAGUCAAUAUUCUGUCCUAAAUCAGCAUAUGAAAAUGACCUCAGAAAAUGACUGUUGUCAGGAUAGUAAAUAUAACAAAUGCUUUCCUGAUGAAGUAGGACAUGUUCAUUCACCUGAGAAACCUCCUGAAAUUCCCAUGUAUCAAGGUAACCUAGAAGGAUUGGUUUUUGACUCGAGUUUAGAACUCCUUAGACAUAAAAAAAGUAAACGUGUCAAGAUGGUUUUUGUGAGUGAUAAAGGUGAGGGACUUUUCAGUCAGAAUUCUGAGCUUACUGCACAUCAGAGAAUCCACCAUGGAGAGAAACCUUAUGAGUGUAAACACUGUGGAAAGGCUUUUACACUGAGGAGCUCUCUUGCUGCACAUCAGAGAAUCCACACUGGAGAGAAACCUUAUUUAUGUAAACAUUGUGGAAAGGCUUUCACACAGAGGGGCAAUCUUGCUGCACAUCAGAGAAUCCAUACUGGAGAGAAACCUUAUGAAUGUCAACAUUGUGAAAAAGCUUUCACACAGAGGAGCAAUCUUGAUGCACAUGAGAGAGUCCACACUGGAGAGAAACCUUAUGAAUGUCAACAUUGUGAAAAGGCUUUUACAAGGAAGAUCUCUCUUGCUGCACAUGAAAGAAUCCACACUGGAGAGAAACCUUAUGAAUGUCAACACUGUGGAAAGACUUUUGCAGGGAAGGUCUCUCUUACUGCACAUGAAAGAAUUCACACUGGAGAAAAACCUUAUGAAUGUCAACACUGUGGAAAGGCUUUUAGAUGGAAGGUCUCUCUUACUGCACAUGAGAGAAUCCACACUGGAGAGAAACCUUAUGAAUGUCAACACUGUGGAAAGACUUUCACUAAGAGAAACAAUCUCACUACACAUGAGAGAACCCACACUGGAGAGAAACCUUAUGAAUGUAAACAGUGUGGAAAGGCUUUCACACAGAGGGGCAACCUUGCUGCACAUCAGAGAAUCCACCCUGGAGAGAAAUCUUAUGAAUGUAAACAAUGUGGAAAGACUUUAACAACAAUGUACUCUCUUGCUAAACAUGAGAGAAUCCACACUGGAGAGAGACCUUAUGAAUAUAAACAGUUUGGAAAGGCUUUCACACAGAGGGGCAAUCUUGUUAAACAUGAGAGAAUCCACACUAGAGAGAAACCUUAUGAAUGUAAACACUGUGGAAAGGCUUUCACACUGAGGAGCUCUCUUGAUUCACAUCAGAGAAUCCACACUGGAGAUAAACCUUAUGAAUGUAAACAUUGUGGAAAGGCUUUCACACUGAGGAGCUCUCUUGAUGCACAUGAGAGAAUCCACACUGGAGAGAAACCUUAUUUAUGUAAACAUUGUGGAAAGGCUUUCACACAGAGGGGCAAUCUUGCUGCACAUCAGAGAAUCCACACUGGUGAGAAACCUUAUGAAUGUCAACACUGUGGAAAGGCUUUUACACAGGGGAGCAAUCUUGAUGCACAUGAGAGAAUUCACACUGGAGAGAAACCGUAUGAAUGUAAACAGUGUGGAAAGGCUUUCACUAAGGGAAACCAUCUCUCUACACAUGAGAGAACCCACACUGGAGAGAAACCUUAUGAAUGUAAACAGUGUGGAAAAGCUUUCACAAAGAGGUACACUCUUGUUAAACAUGAGAGAAUCCAUACUGGAGAGAAACCAUAUGAAUGUAAACAGUGUGGAAAGGCUUUCACAACAACUGACUCUCUUGUUAACCACAAGAGAAUACACAAUGGAGAGAGACCUUAUGAAUGUCAGCACUGUGGAAAGGCUUUUAGAUGGAAGGUCUCUCUUGCUGCACAUGAGAGAAUCCACACUGGAGAGACCUUAUGAAUGUAAACAGUUUGGAAAGGCCUUCACACGGAUGGACUCUCCUGUUAAACAUGAGAGAAUCCACAUUAGAGAGAAACCUUAUGAAUGUAAACACUGGAAAGGCUUUCACACUGAGGGGCUCUCUUGAUACACAUCAGAGAAUCCUUACUGGAUUUUUGGAAAUUUGUAUUUAAUUAGUUAAUUUAGAAUAUUUUUUCAUAGUUACGAGAUUCAUGUUCUUUCCCUCCCUUCCCCUGAAUCCCCUCCCAUAGCUGAUGUGCAAUUCUACAGGGUUUUGUAUGUGUCAUUGAUCAAGACCUAUUUCCAUAUUGUUAUUUGCACUAGGGUGAUCAUUUAGUCUAUAUCCCUAUCGAUCCAUGUGAUCAAGCAGUUGUUUUUUGUGUUUAUAUUCCCACAGUUCUUCCUCUGAAUGUGGAUAGCAUUAUUUCUCAUAAGCCCCACAGAAUUGUCCUAGAUCAUUGCAAUACUGCUAGUAGAGAAGUCUUGUACCACAGUGUAUCAGUCUCUGUGUACAAUGUUUUCCUGGGUCUGUUCCUUUCACUGUGCAUCAAUUCCUGGAGGUCGUUUCAGUUCGUUUGGAAUUCCUCCAGUUCAUUAUUCCUUUGAGCACAAUAGUAUUCCAUCACCAAAAUAUACCACAAUUUGUUCAGCCAUUCCCCAAUCGGAGGGCAUCCCCUCAUUUUCCAAUUUUUUGCUGCCACAAAGAGUGCAGCUAUGAAUAUUCUUGUACAAAGAAUCCACACUGGAGAGAAACCUUAUUAACAUAAACUGUGGAAAGGCUGUCACACAAAUGAGCAAUCUUGAUACACAUCAGGGAAUCCACACUGGAGAGAGACCUCAUGAAUGUAAACAGUGUGGAAAGGCUUUCACACAGGGUGACUCUCGCUACACAUAAGAGAGUCCACACUAGAGAGAAACCUUAUUGCAUGGGAUACAGUCAUGCAUUAUUCUCCACCAUACAUUAAUUAGUAUUAAUGAUCUUUAAUUAACAACUUACUAUUAUAAGAUUAAAAAUUAAUACCCCAAACUCCACAUAUUGUUUUUUACAAGGUUUAUUAAUAAUAACUUGAAGCAGAGGAAAGCAAUAGCCUUAGUAAAGAGGAGGAUCCUGAUUGCAUGAGCAGGAGAGAGAGUGGAGUUACAGAAACUUUUAUGUACAACACUAAGGACAUAAUGUGGGGAUGAAGGGAAAGGGAUGCUGGGAAAUGUAGUUCAAGAGUACAAAAUUCUAUUUACACAUUCUCCCUGUGAUCCUUUGGGAGGCUAGUUGCCCCCAGGAAUCACUUUAACAUAAACUUAAAAUUAAUUAUUUUUAACUAAAGGUAUAUACAAUGUUGCAGUUUCUAAAGGAAAAUUACAAGAAUUUGGGUAUAAAUGGGAAAUAAAAGAGAAAAAGAACAAAAUCAAUGAUUGCUAUAUUGACAAAAAAGCCAAUUUGGGGGCAGCCCCCUUGGCAUAAAGAGUGUACAUUCAAAUUAAAUGCAUUCAACUCCCCAACAGUUCAAAUUGCCACAUCCCAAAGUUCACUCUGGAUCUUUUGGUACAGUGUAUGGUCUCUGCAGGUAUCUUCAUGGCGUCUUGUCCAAACAGGUCAUUUUCUGAAUUCUGGGAGGUAGCAAGUUCUUAUCCUAAAAUUACUCUCAAAAGAAUUUAAACUUUGCAUUAUAGGAUAAUAAUACAUCCCCCCUGAGGAGGAUGUUGACAAAUACAGGGAUCACUCAGGGAUAUGUGCUUGAGUUAUGAGUUAUAUGAAUCAAUUGUCAAAAGAAAAUAAAAACCAUAAAAUCCAAAUAAAAGGGAAAAAAUAAAUUGUGGAUGGAAUAUAAAAUAUCAGUCUUAUGUGUAAAAAUUCUAAGUUAAGGAAAAAUAAACCUAUAACAGGUACUUGAAUCAGGGGCUGAUUAGAAGUGAUUUAUGUCCCAUAAGCCUGUAGCAGCAAUGAUGCACUUACUGAAUCAACAGCCAGGACUACAGAAAGUUGCCACACUAUGAAAGAAAAGGGACUAGAUUUUUGCAGCAAAUGGGAAAUAGCAUUCCCUACUCUGACUUUACCUUUUCUCACAGGAAUAGGGGAGCCAGGAGGAAGCCAAAAUGAGGUGCUUGAUAGACACGUGGCUUGGGAAACUCCUAUCUCUAACAUAUGUCAAACAACCUCAAUCUCAAACAAGUUCCAAGUCCUGUCUUGGUGUAGAAUGUCAGCAAUCCCACUGGGAUUGGUUUUGUCUCUUUGUGUGCUCAGUUAGAAUUAUGCAGGUUAACUUUGUGCUUCUUCGGUACUGUGCAGUGUCUCUUUCUUGGAAUCACACACACUCAUUAAACACAGUCCCUUAACAUAUCAA